CGUCGUUCCCAGGGUCCCGUGAGAGCCGUUUUGCCCCACCCCACCUCUUCAACGCUAUCUAUCUCAACGUGCAAUUCUCCGAGAAAAAAAGUGGGCACAAAUAACGCGGAGCGACGCCGCCGAGGAACAAUUAGAUGUCUAAAUAUGCCAGCGGUCCCCGGCAACAGGCAUACAGGCAGAUAAGCAGUCCCCCCACCUCGGCUGUAAAAAAAAACAACGACAACCACCUUCCCUCCAAAAAAGCCGUCUACGAUCGGAUGAGGGCUUGAAAACACGGCGGUAGGUUCCAUGUCUGGUGCACAUGUAACCACCGUCCAGCAACGGGGGACUACGAGCCGCCGAGGGAGCUUGACAAGCGGGGGAUCGCCAUCCGUAAAACACCUGGACGUCGAGCUGCAUUCAAGGACACACAGCUGCCUAAAGAAUUGAGAGGAGAGGAGAGAGAGGGGGGGAUAAAAAACACCGAUGUGAGGAGAAACGCACAUUAACGUGACGGGGGAGAGGAGAGCGAGGAAAAAGGACGGCGGAGAAAGGGGCCUUUUUCAGAGGGGGUCUUCUUGUAUAUUGACGCCGAGAGGAUCUAAAAAAAAAAAACAACAACGGGAAUUUAUCGACGACGACACGCUCCAGUGAAGCCCCAAGAGGAAAUUUGAACUUAGUGCUCGGCUAUCCUCUCCAAAACAAGAUGAUUUGUCCGGAAAAUUAAGGCAAAAUUGAUAGGGAAGUGGCGGUGUGUCUCUACAUCCAUGUCAAUUUCACAUCCUCUCGUAGCAGUGUUGAUGACUUCAUUGCGGAUUCACAGUGGAAACACGGCGCUGCUGUCCUGACUCUUGUUGCCAGUAAAUAGCCACAUCCAUCCAUCCUUCCCCAUAGAUGCCUCCCGUUGUGAGCCGGGUCUUCCACUCUUGGGCCCGUCUCUGAAUUUAGGACUCAUUUUCCUGACCCUACCUUUGUCCACCCUGUCUCCCCCUUGGGAUUUUUUUUCAGGUUGUUUUUUUUUCUUGGGUGCGGGAGGGAAGAUGGGCUGUCUCGGCAAUAGCAAGACAGAAGACCAACGCAACGAGGAGAAGGCCCAGAGGGAAGCCAACAAGAAAAUUGAGAAGCAGCUCCAGAAAGACAAACAGCUAUACCGGGCCACACACCGACUUCUACUACUAGGGGCCGGAGAAUCCGGGAAGAGCACCAUAGUCAAGCAGAUGCGAAUAUUGCACGUCAAUGGCUUCAAUGCAGAGGAGAAAAAGCAGAAAAUACACGAUAUUAAAAACAACAUUAAAGAAGCCAUAGAGACCAUCGUGUCCGCCAUGAGUACACUCACGCCACCCUGCCAGCUUGCCUGCCCUGCUAACCAGCCGCGUAUCGACUACGUCCUCCACCAAAUGAACCAGAAGGAUUUCGAGUUUUCAUCGGAGUUUUAUGACCACUCAAAGAUCCUCUGGCAGGACGAUGGCGUGCGGGCCUGCUGGGAAAGGUCCAAUGAAUAUCAACUCAUCGACUGUGCGCAGUACUUCCUAGACCGAGUGGAUGUGGUCCAACAACACGACUACACGCCAACCGACCAGGACCUGCUGAGAUGCAGAGUGCUGACAUCCGGCAUCUUCGAGACAAGAUUUCAAAUCGACAAAGUCAAUUUUCAUAUGUUCGACGUAGGUGGUCAGCGGGAUGAGCGUCGAAAAUGGAUCCAGUGUUUUAACGAUGUAACGGCUAUCAUAUUCGUGGUGGCGAGCAGCAGCUACAACAUGGUGAUCAGAGAGGACAAUCAGACCAACAGACUGCAGGAGGCCCUCAAUCUUUUCAAGAACAUUUGGAACAACAGGUGGCUACGGACCAUCUCUGUCAUCCUCUUCCUGAACAAACAGGACCUCCUCGCCGAGAAGGUCUUGGCAGGGAAGUCCAAGAUUGAGGACUAUUUUCCUGAAUUUGCACGCUACACGACACCCGACGACGCAAUACCAGAGCCGGGCGAAGAUCCGCGCGUCACCAAGGCAAAGUACUUCAUACGGGAUGAGUUUCUGAGGAUCAGCACAGCCAGCGGGGACGGCCGCCAUUACUGUUACCCCCACUUCACCUGCGCCGUGGACACGGAGAACAUCCGGCGCGUCUUCAGCGACUGUCGCGACAUCAUCCAGAGGAUGCACCUACGGCAGUACGAGCUCUUGUGAUGAUGGCGACUCCCGCAAGACCACUCGCUCACCAUCUCCUAGUUCUGAUCCUCUUCCUCCCUUCUUCCUUCCCACGUACCAUUAGCCCUGUCGGCAUCCAUAAUUCAGCAGAAUCUGGAUGCAGGAACAAGACAUAGGAACACAAAGACAGACACAUACACAAAUCACUACAGUUUUAAUAUCGCAUAAAGACCUGAUCUAAUAGUUCUGAGUUUGCUUCUUCACUGCGUGCUGACCAACAAUCAGGAGCCGGAGAAGAUGAGAGAAACAGAUGAUUUGGGAGGAAGGGGGGCGGGUGCAUAGAGGUGGACUGAUAGGACUCUACAAUUCUCAUGGAGGAAGGACAAGAGAAAAAAAAAAAAAGAAAAUCCAAGAUAAAUAUAAACAGUAUAUAUAGAUAUUUAUAUAUGAGUGUAUAUAAAUAUGUAUAUAUACAUAUGCAGAAAUAUUCUGUUGACAUAAAAAAAAAAAAAAGAUGGCCCCACCCACACCUCCUGCCUUCAUACACACACAUUUCCCCCUACCUUACCACCGCUCGCCUCUGGCUUCAUGUGUUUAUAUGUUUCUGCUGGACUAUUAUUCUUGUACAGACUGUAAAAUGUAUUAUUUUGUACAACUAUAUUGAAGAAGACGACGAUGAAGAAAAAUGACUUGUAGAAGAUCCCUGUGCCUUGAUCACGACUGUACGUGUGUAAAAAAACAAAAAACAAAAAAGAGCUAAAUAUGUAAGUUAUGUUUUCACUGCGCUGUACAGCUGGACGGCCGUGGCGGAGGCCUUUUUGUCUGUCGCUUUGUUUCUAUUUUUGUUUUUCUCUCCCCUUACAUUUGUUUGUUCGUUUUUUGUUUUACACCUUUGGUUUAUAUAAUGCUAUUUGGGGGAGGCAGUCACGCCACUUUAAUGCUGUGUAGUUACAAAUACUGAACCUUAACAAGUUAAUAUAUAUAAAAUGUCAGAUUUUAUAUUUUAUAUAUGUAUAUGUACACAUUAUUCUUUUUGUGAGUGCUCACCGAUUUUCCAUUUUCUGAAGACAUGGGUGCAGGUUCUUUUUUUUUAGCUUUAAUUUUUUGCAGGGGAGGGAGCUAUACGAUUGCAAAACAUUUGCUUGUUUCUACAUAAACCAAAUUCUGUUUUUGCUUAAACAAUAA